AGCUCCUUUGCCAUGCCCUUCCUGGAUGGAGACCUGGACAGUUCGGAAAAGCACUCUUCUCGUAAGGUGGACAGCCCCUUCAGCUCGGGCAGCCCCUCCAAAGGUUUCUUCUCCAGGGGCCCCCAGCCCCGGCCCUCCAGCCCCGUGUCUGCGCCCGUGAGGCCCAAGACCAGCCCCGGCUCUCCCAAGACCGUGUUCCCGUUCUACCAGGAGUCCCCGCCACGCUCGCCCCGGCGCAUGAGCUUCAGCGGCAUCUUCCGCUCCUCGUCCAAGGAGUCGUCCCCCUCGUCCAGCUCCUCCACCUCGCCGGGGGGCAUCCGCUUCUUUUCCCGCUCCAGAAAAACCUCCGGCCUCUCCUCCUCGCCGUCCACGCCCACCCCGGUGGCCAAGCAGCACUCCUUCCCCCUGGAAGCCUACAAGCAGGAGCCCGAGCGGCUGGAGAACCGCAUCUAUGCCUCCUCUUCGCCUGUGGAUGCGGGACAGAGGUUCUGCCCCUCCGCCUUCCAGGGCCCCGCCAGGCCUCCAGCAGCGUCCCCCACGUACCUCGCUCCCUCUAGAACCGCCGCUCUGGCACGUGCCCUUGGCCCAAAUCAGCCUGGGACCCUUCAGUCCAAAGAGUUUGAACCUCAUGCCUCAGAAGACUCAGAAAGUGGCGUUUACAUGCGAUUCAUGAGGUCACACAAGUGUUACGACAUCGUGCCAACCAGCUCCAAGCUUGUCGUCUUCGAUACAACAUUACAAGUUAAAAAGGCCUUCUUCGCCCUAGUAGCCAAUGGUGUGCGAGCGGCGCCGCUGUGGGAGAGUAAAAAACAAAGUUUUGUAGGAAUGCUCACAAUUACAGAUUUCAUAAAUAUACUACAUAGAUACUAUAAAUCGCCCAUGGUACAGAUUUAUGAAUUAGAGGAACAUAAGAUUGAAACGUGGAGGGAGCUUUAUUUACAAGAAACAUUUAAGCCUUUAGUGAAUAUCUCUCCAGACGCAAGCCUCUUCGAUGCUGUAAACUCGUUGAUCAAAAAUAAAAUCCACAGAUUGCCCGUUAUUGACCCUCUCAGUGGGAAUGCACUUUAUAUCCUUACGCACAAAAGAAUCCUCAAGUUCCUCCAGCUUUUUAUGUCCGACAUGCCAAAGCCCGCCUUCAUGAAGCAGAACCUGGACGCGCUGGGAAUCGGGACCUACCACAACAUCGCCUUCAUCCACCCGGACACGCCCAUCAUCAAGGCCCUGAACGUCUUUGUGGAGAGACGGGUGUCCGCCUUGCCUGUCGUGGACGAGUCGGGGAAAGUUGUAGAUAUUUAUUCCAAGUUUGAUGUAAUUAACCUUGCUGCUGAAAAAACAUACAAUAACCUAGAUAUCACGGUGACCCAGGCACUCCAGCACCGCUCCCAGUAUUUCGAGGGCGUCGUCAAGUGCAGUAAGCUGGAAAUACUGGAGACCAUUGUGGACAGGAUCGUAAGAGCGGAGGUGCAUCGGCUGGUGGUGGUGAACGAGGCGGAUAGUAUCGUGGGGAUCAUCUCCCUGUCGGAUAUCCUGCAGGCCCUGAUCCUCACGCCCCCGGGUGCCAAACAGAAGGAGCCGGAGACGGAAUGACCGCUGCGAACGGAGCCCUUGAGGACUUGAACUAAGACUCUGGGUCACGCUUUGCCUCAUGAACACUGACCGCCAUGGACGAGACGAAAACGGCCAAGGAUGUCUAUCAGGGUUUAGCGACGGGUGUGUUUUUUUCCAGCGAUGUUGAAACGACGCGUUGAACAAAAAAAAAGAGAAAGACUUGACGUGCGUUCGAAGAGCCAGGCUUGGGCUGAGAGGCUGUUUUCAGACUCUGAGAGAUUCCCGAUGCUGUCUGUCAUUAAAGUGCACUGUGUCCUGAAAA